UGCAUUAUUGAUAAUAAUAAUUACGCUGACAUGCGCAUUUCUACUUGAGGAGCUAAUUUUCCGAGCUGAAGAAUUUGUGGAAGAAGAGGAGGAAAAUUUGUUUGGAAGUCUUCGCUCCUGAUGGUUGCACCAUGUCGAGGCGCAAGCAAGCCAAACCGCAGCACAUCAACUCCGACGAGCCUGGAUCGGCAGAAAAUGGGACUGUUGGGGGUGAUCAAGCUGAGGAAUGUGUAAAUGAAAUGAAGCGAUUCAGAAUGGACGAGACCAGAGUCUGCACCAAGUGUUGUGCUGAAUUCUUUGACGAAGCAGAAUUUAUUGCACAUGAGAAAAAUUGCACUAAAAGUCAGCAAGUAGUGAUUAUGAAAGAUGGAGAUGGCAAUGAUGUGCCUGAGGAAUUUUCUCAUGGAUCUCCUGAAGGCCUUAACAGUGACCAUGAUGAUGGCCAGUCCAGUAGUCAUUCCCUAUCCAACAUCAACACAGACCAGCUGGAAAGAACAGAAGAAGAGACCAGUAUUAAUGCAGAGGAUGCAGGACAGCAAGACCAGCCAGAUAUAUCUACCGUUGCAGAGAUGAAUUUCACCACCUCACCACAAGACUCAAAUGUCACCCUUGAAACCAUGGCUGACACUAAAGUGGCCGUCUCUCAACAUCUAUCAAAUAACACCUCUCUGACUGCAUCACAGGAAGCUCUCCAGGCCAUCCCAAUGAUCCUAGAACAGUUGGUGUGUCUCCAGCAACAGCAGCUACAACAAAUCCAGCUCACUGAACAGAUCAGAAUCCAAGUAGCCAUGAUGACUCCACAGAGUCUCCAGUCAUCCUUAGGAGCAUCAGUAGAUCCACUGAAAGCCCUUGGUGCACAUCUCUCUCAACAGCUCUCUGCUGCAGCAGCCCUUAUUGGAAAAAGAACAGGCAAUCAGAGCCUUUCUGUGGAGGCAAUGAAGCAAGGUAAACUACCUCUGCCCACUGGUACCUCUAUAACUGGAGGACUGGGAACCGUGGCCACAAAAACAGACCUUCUGAAGGGCAUUCCGGAUUUGGCCAGCCGUUUACCAGCACUACUGCCCCAGUCACCUGGAGCCAUGGGUUUCCCUAGCACCUUUAAUAGUAUCCAAGCAGGAAAUGAUUCCUCUAAAAAAGGAAAGACCAAAAUGCUCCCCCUCCCACCAGAAUCCAAAAGUGGGGAUUCAUUAUACAAGCACAAGUGCAAAUACUGUGGAAAGACCUUUGGCAAUGACAGCGCUCUCCAGAUACAUUUACGUUCUCACACUGGAGAGAGGCCCUAUAAAUGUAAUAUCUGUGGGAAUCGCUUCACAACCAAAGGCAACCUUAAAGUACAUUUCCAAAGGCAUAAAGACAAGUAUCCCAAUAUCACCAUGAACCCUCAUCCUGUGCCAGAGCAUCUUGACAAUAUUCCUACCAGUAGUGGCAUUCCCUUUGGCAUGUCUGUGCCUAUGGAUGAAUCAAAUAUGACUGACAUUAAACCUAUGCUUGGACACCCAUCUGCUGGAUUCCACCCAUCAUCUAUACCUGGAUUCAAGACAACAUUUGAUGGCUUUGGAGGUGACCCAUUUUCCCAGAGACCGUCCACAUCAACAAGUGAAAGCUCUCCACUGGAUCCAAAUCAGAAAGAUUCAAAGGAUCUCCUUGGAGCACUGCAGCAUAUGAAUGGUAAUAGCCUCUCUGGAGAACAAAGCUCUGGAACAGCCAAACUUCAGCAGAUGGUGGAUGGCCUGGAAAAGAGAACCAAUGACCCCAAUGAGUGUGUGAUUUGCCAUAGGGUGCUCAGCUGCCAGAGCUCACUCAAAAUGCAUUACCGUACACACACUGGUGAGAGGCCUUACAAGUGCAAAAUCUGUGGCCGUGCUUUCUCCACUAAGGGUAACCUCAAAGCCCAUUAUGGAGUGCACAGGGCUAACACUCCUCUUAAAAUGCAACACUCAUGUCCAAUCUGCCAGAAGAAGUUCACAAAUGCUGUGGUAUUGCAGCAGCACAUCCGCAUGCACAUGGGUGGGCAGAUCCCCAACACCCCAGUGGCAGAAAACCAGUUUGAAGCAGCAGAAGCAAUGGAGUCCUGUCUCCCUGAUGAGAAGUCUAUGGAUACCAGCAGUUUUGAUGCAGGCAUUGAGGAACAAGAACCAGAGCUGAACCCCCAGAAGAUGGAUGAUUCCUCCGAACCAGUUGCAAGUGGUUCAGAGGAGCAGAAACAAACAGCUCCUGCGGCAUUUUCCAGUCUAGACGUUUUGAAGAAUCUCACCUCUGCCCUUGCACUGAAACGCCAGAGUAGCACAGCUUCAGAGAGUGAGGGACCCUCUAAAGAAUCCCCACCAGCUCCUAGAGAGCACGAAUAUCCGAAUGGUCGCAGCCCAGCCAUUUCAGACUCCGCUAUAUCAUUCCACUCAUCUUCACCAGUAAACAAUAACAGCAUGGGUACCAGCAAGUCUCCCGAGUCUGUUGCUGAUGAGUUUGCCAGCAGUGCUUCGAAACAAGACUCUGAUGGUGGUGCUCAAGAUGGAAAUGAGUCAAGUGGAGCCCUUGACCUCACAGCUUCCAGUAACUUUACCCCUAAAGCAAUUAAGGAAGAACCUUUCACAAAUGGAGACUAUGGUCCUAGUAACAUGCCUUUCAUGAGGAUACCUCCAAGUCUAGCCAGUCUGGAGAUGAAGAUUCCUCCAGAGAAUCCUUUGGGGUCUCAAGGAUUGUUCAGCUCCCAUAUGCCUCAGGGAACAGCCAUGCCAUCCUCCAACUCCACUGCACCGAGACGAUCAGCUAAGCAGCAUGUGUGUAACGUCUGUGGCAAGAACUUCUCAUCUGCCAGCGCACUGCAGAUCCACGAGCGAACUCAUACAGGCGAGAAGCCAUUUGCCUGCAACAUUUGUGGCAGAGCUUUCACCACCAAGGGAAAUCUAAAGGUGCAUAUCGGUACCCACAUGUGGAACAAUUCUUCACGCCGAGGCCAGCGUCUGUCCUUGGAUAAUCCCAUGGCUCUGAUGGCAAUGAGCACAGAGGCUAAAAUGUUGCCAGAAAUGAUGCCACCCUCAAAAGAACUGGCUGCUCCACCACUGAAUUUUGACCCUUCUCUGUGGAACCAGUAUGCUGCUGCCUUCAGUAGCGGCCUCACCAUGAAGGCCAAUGAAAUUUCUGUCAUCCAGGGUGGUGGCAUCCCACUUCCUGGGAGCCCUGCUGGUGGGCCUCUGAUUGGAUCCACUGGAGGGCUGAUGAAGAUGGAUGGAUCCCACUCUGGCUUGCCGGCCACUAUCGCUGAAAUGGAAAAGAACAGCUCUGACAGUGUGCCAAAAGCACAGUUUCCACAUUUCAUGGAGGAGGGUAAAAUUGCCGUUAAUUAGGCCUUUACCUGCCCAUCAGUGUAUCACCUUAACUGUUUUUGAAUGUCUCCUUACAAAUGAGGUACAAUCAACAUUGAGAAAUCUUGUAUAAUUGAACUCAGUUUGGUUUUAAUUUUUUCUUCAAAAUUCAUAGUAGCUCUCUCCCUGAUCCAAACAUCUCUCAAGUGUUAUUUUAGUUUACCAUGGUAUAACUACUGUAGUUGUAUUUUAUUUUAUAUACAUAUAUAUUCACACAUGCGGGUAUUUUUUAUUUUUUUCUUUGACUUUGUUUUCGUUUGACUGUCUAUUCAAAAGUUUGAAUGUAGAACCUACUUGAAACUGCUUUAAUUCAGACUGUCUCCCUGGUACUGAGAAGGAUUUUGACCCAAGAGAAGUUGUUUCAGGGCUAGACUUUUAAGGACAAAAUGUCACUGCUGAGAAACAAUUGUAUAUUUAACCAUGUGUCUAUAUGUGACUACUUCCUGUCGUGUGCCAUAGAUUUUAUGACAUCGUACAGUUUUGUUGUGGUAAAUGUCAUUAACAUGAUUAGAUUUGAAGCGGCCUUUUGAUCAGACUGGAUUGUUCCGGCAUCUUGUGUCUUAAAUCAAGGUGCAACCAUUCAAUCAAUAGUUUCGUAUAAUAGUGAUGAAAAAACCUGGCUUACAUAUUUCGUCGAUCAGUGCUAAGAUACAGUAGUUGGUGACUUCAUUUUUCCAAGUGCCUAACUGUACUUUUUGCUGUAUGUUUCUUUGAUACUGCCAUAAAGUUAACAUUGGCUGGUAGAUUAGUAUAUUAGUAUGUUGGAUUGUGUAGCAUUGCAUGUGCUUCAUAUUUUCAGUUUACAAAAGUCAAUCUCCCCUACAUAUAUUAUACUUAAAAUCUACUAAGUCAGUUUAGUUAGGUGAAUUUUGAAGGCUAUUGUAUGAUUAAAAUUCUCACCUGCACUUUAUUCCAGGUUUUUAGUAACAUUUUAUCAUUUCAUUAUAACCGCUUCUGAAUGCUCAACAAGGGAAAGGGCAAAUCAACCCCCCCCCCCCCCCCCAAACUUUCCUCCUGAAGGAUUUAGUUUGACUUAAAGACCAGUUAUAGUAAUUGUCAGACUUCCUUCUUAGGUUAUCAUUUUGUAGCAUUAAUUUAUUUAUAAUACAUGAAGUGCUUGAGUGUAGGGGGUUAGUUCUACCUCGUUUAGAUUAUAGUUGUCUUUUACGCCCUCUGCUCUCAAUGCAAUGUUCUGUACAUGUUCGAUACAUUCGUGAGUAAGCGAUAGAUUUUUCAUUUUCAACCUGCUGAGUUGAACAGUAAUGAAUGUAUCACUGGACACUUUACACAACUCAGAAUGGUCAGAUUGCUUGUAGGCCCCUGCUGUACAUUCCUUACCAAUAUGCAUUUGCCAAGUUGUGCCUUUCUUUAGCAAACCAUGUCAAAACUGCUUUCAAGGUGUCUGUACAAUUCAAGUAAUGUUGAGCCAGUUUGGCCUGUUUACAAUGUAAAUGGUUUUUUUUUUUUCUUUUUUUGGUUUUCAAAUGUUUU